UAAGCUCCGAAAUGCACUAUGGGCCGCUGAAGAGGCGGGGGGAGUGGGGUCGCUUUCCGAAUGAGGAAAAGCGAAUACAAACAAGCCGCUAGGGAUAAUGAGAAUCCGCUGAAGAUGAGGAAUCACUGUUAAGAAUAAAAUAAUAAUAAUAAUAAUUUAAAAAACAACACGUUUAGCAUUUCCUAAUGCAUCACUGCAUGAAUUCCGGGCUUAUUUUGGACUGGCAGCGUCAGCUCGCGCAUGGUUUGGUUUAAACUAGUCUUCUGCCUCGUCCGAUAGCAAAUCUCAAACCUGGAACCGCUCAGUGACGGACCAGCAUGACCGACAAUAUCAUGAGCAAAGCAGCCACAAUGGAGAUCCCUAUCAACAGUAACGGGGACAGCAGGACUCUUGGCGAGGAUGAUGGCCUUGAACAGGCUCCAAAGGUACAGUGGGGCCUAAAUGAGAAGGUAGGGCGUCCUCCAGACCAAAGGGAUUUGCAGCAGGUAAUGGUAUCUGGGCCUAACCUCAAUGAGACCAGCAUUGUAUCAGGUGGCUAUGGAGGCACAGCAGAAGGCAUCAUUCCUACUAGUUCUAUCAAAGACCUGCGAAUGAAGUGCAGGGGAGUUAGCAUUGGCCCAAGCCACUCUGCUGCCAUCCGGAUAGCCAGCCAAUCAGACGACUUCCCCGGUAUCCCAGGAUCCAGCAUGCACCACAGCAACAGUUCAUCCGUGAUGGCAGAGGAGGCCACGAGAGGCGUCGCUGUGGAGAAGUUUGACAUGGUGAAGAAAUGGGGACUGAACACUUAUAAGUGCACUAAACAGAUGAUCUCGGAGCGAUUCGGCCGUGGCUCUCGCACUGUCGAUCUGGAGCUGGAGGCUCAGAUUGAGGUUCUGCGAGACACCAAGCGCAAGUAUGAGAAUGUGCUGCGCCUGGCACGUGCACUCACUAAUCACUUCUACAGCAUGGUGCAGACGCAGCACGCACUCGGAGACACGUUCGCUGACCUCAGCCAGAAAUCUCCUGAACUGCGGGACGAAUUUGGGUACAAUGCAGAAACUCAAAAAUUGCUGUGUAAGAACGGUGAGACCCUGCUGGGUGCCAUCAACUUUUUCGUCUCCAGCAUCAACACACUCGUCAACAAGACCAUGGAGGACACACUCAUGACCAUCAAGAUGUAUGAGAAUGCAAGGUUGGAGUUUGACGCUUACAGAGCCGAUCUGGAAGAACUGAACAUGGGACCUCGGGACGCCAUGACCAUAGCGCGUAUCGAUACGGCGCAGGAGCAGUUUCAGAUCCACAAGGACAAAUAUGAGCGACUGCGCAAUGACGUUUCCAUCAAGCUCAAGUUCUUGGAGGAAAACAAGGUGAAAGUGAUGCACAAACAGCUUCUCCUUUUCCACAACGCAAUCUCAGCCUACUUUGCUGGCAACCAGCAGCAGUUGGAACAGACCCUCAAGCAGUUCAACAUAAAGCUCAAACCUCCCGGAGCUGACAAGCCCUCCUGGUUAGAGGAGCAGUGAAAGUGCUCGUAGUGCUCUCAGUCCUUCUGCAGGUUAUCCUGACAGAGCAGGCACUAGAAUAAUGAGACAGACACAGCCCAGCCACUAUGGCAGCAGCAUAGUGAAAGGCUUACCAUCCUGUAGCUGUUGUAGGAGCCCGGAUCCCAAACUGCCUCCCCCCUCCAUACUUUCCUCCUCUUCUUCCUCUGCCUGACUGUCUCUUUGCUGAAAUUGUGUUUGACCCUGAGAAUAAGCACUACUCGUAUCUACUUCACCCUAAAGGCUGGUCAAGUAUUUGUUCGAACAAAAACUUAGUAACAACUGACCAAAUCCUCCAGGAAAUGUCAAUCAGAACUCUAGUAGACUUUCAACUUUUCUCUCUCUUUCUCUCUCUGCUAAUUCCUCAACCCCAUUGCCCACGAAACAACCCCCACCCCACUUUUCUCCACAUGCAACAUUUGGCUUCUGGAUCUGGACUUGUAAAUGUCUGAGAAAACUUGGUCCUAAUUAUUCAAAGGUUGAAUUACUAGUCUGGUUGUAAAUGACGUUUAGUUUAUUUCAUGAAUGUCCUGGGGAAAUUUGGGGCAUGGCAAAAAUGUGUGAUUCCAUGAUGCAGAAGGAAAAAAUAAUGAAUUGAUCCAGUUGGUGCAAAGUGCUUUUACAUGAUUGGAUUCCUGAUUGAGCCACGUGUCGGUUGUUUGAAAUGAGUUAUUUAUAAAUUUUAUGUUGUGUGUUUUUCUUUUUCAGGUUAGAACCACACUCCCAUGUUAUUCCCCCCAUGUUAUUCCCAUGUUAUUUUGUAGAAAGGAAAGCUGCAGUUGUUUGUAAUCAUUGUCCAUUUGCUCCUGCUCAUCCAAAUUAGACAAGUUAGAAAAAUUGUAUUGUAAUGUAUUGUACAGUUGGGGUGUGACGCUAAACCAGUAUGACUGUUUACUGUGAUACAGUGAAUGCUGACAUUGUACAAUACUGGUAUCAAUAUCACAAACAUUAUUUUCAGGUAUUAUCAAAGGCAAAGAACGAACGUCUGUAGUGCAAAGAAAUCCAUGAGCUAUCCAAAUAACUUGGUUAUCACUGUCAUUGCAGUGUUAUCAUUUCAUCCACUGUGGAAAAUGGAGGCUGUAAGCAGAUACAGUAGCAGACUGACAUCUAUGAUAUCGGCUUAUGCAAUUAUCGUAUGUCACUCCCUUACUUCAUUGGUUUUCGCUCAUGGUCCUGGAGUUCCCCUCCCGCUCCUAACUCGCAUGAGUUGAGUCAUCAGCAAAGUAACAGGUCUGAACUAGGUUUAUCUGGGUGAGACAGAGGAAGGGAACACCCCAGUACUCCUCGACCAGGAUUAAGAAACACUACCCUGCUUUAAAAUAAUAUUAAUUCCAUUUUGUUAUAUUACUGAGUCUAACAUCCAAAGUAAAAAAUAAAUGAAUAAAAAGUUUAGUUGCAUUUAGACCAUUUCAGCGUCGUUCAUUCUCAACACUUCGACACUAAACUCCCAGGACACUUGCCAGUCUGUGGGUGUGUUUAUACAGGACAGUUGUGAUUAAAUAUUGUGGUAUGUACUAAUUUAUGUAUGUUUUCUUUGUGUGUAUAUCUGUUGCUUUAAGUUAACAAUCAAUGUUUAAUCCAGGAAAUAUUAGUUUAGUGUAAUGUUGAUGUGUAUGAUUUAUUUUAUAUAUUUGGUUUUGAUUAUAGUUGCCAGUGAUCAACAUCAGCAUCAUUAUUAAUCUUUACAUCACAAACUGUACACUAAGGUGUCUGUUAAGGUUUCAGUGGUCAUUUCCUUUUUUUUCUUUUCUCUUUUAUAUAAGUUUAAUCUUGUAUAAAAAUGAAAGUAACUUUGUGUUUGAAAUCCACAUAUUUCCCAAUGGUCUCUUUUAUGUUUUUUUUUUCUUUCUUUCUUUUUUUUUUUUGGAGAAGAAGAACCCAGAAAAUUAUAUUUUGCCUUCAUUUAAUAGUCGCAUGCCUCUUGAAAUGUGACACUGUAAAAAUAACACAAAAUAUGAUACACACUCUGAGGGAUUCAUUUAUUUGUAUCAAAUGCUCACACAGUUCAUCAGCCCCUGUCAAGACCAAUAGCUUGAAAUCUAUUUGUCUAUUUGGAUAUUUUAGUUUUAACACUGAGUUGGACUAUACAUUUGAAGUAAAUACAGAUAUGGCCAAACUUUUGGACACAACUUUGAGGUUGAGCCUUCAGAAAAGCAAUAUUAAAGAUGUUUCUAAAAAAAAAAUUAUAUAUAUAAUGUAUUUUGAUAUUGGCUGUGCCUCGUGGAAUAUUUUGCAUGGCUUUUCCAAUAACCUCAGUUGUACAUUUCUGUUUAUUGUGGUAUGUUCAUGUGUGAGAAGCGCCACACACGCGUGAUAAUCUAAUGUAGGAGAAACACUGUAUCAAUCACAUGUUAAAUUGUUUUAUAAAAUUCCUGCUCCCUCCUU